CGGGCCCGGGAGAUCCGUCAUGCUCUGCGCCACCAGCCGCCUUCUAGCGGCCCGGACGGCGACGGCGCUCCCCGCGCAGCCCAGAGGCCGGGGCCCCGGGGCCCGCUGCCGGCGAAGGGAACUACAUUUCCCAGGGCACCCCGAGCUGCCCCUGGGUGACUUCUUGGCGGGGCGGCUCCCAAGAUCGAGCGUGUCGGCGGGCCGGAGGGCGAUCCUGAGGAGGGGCAGGAUGCCGCCGGCGGUGCGCGGAGGCCCGGCAGGGGUCGAGCUGCGUCCCCGGCGGGGCCGCUGUGGGCCCCAGGUUACUAGGGCUGUGGGGCCGGACGUGGCCGCCGAGCCUACAGCGCGGAGCCCCAAACGGCCUGCUCGGGGCUCGCGGCGUUUCGAGGCAGCCGGCCGGUGGGCCCUGCUGGCCCUGGUGACGCUGCUGGCCUUCGCCACCCGCUUCCACCGUCUGGACGAGCCGCCACACAUCUGUUGGGAUGAGACUCACUUUGGAAAAAUGGGAAGCUAUUAUAUCAACCGCACCUUUUUCUUUGAUGUGCACCCACCUCUGGGAAAGAUGCUGAUAGGUCUUGCUGGCUACCUGAGUGGGUAUGACGGGACUUUUUUGUUCCAGAAGCCUGGGGACAAAUAUGAGCAUCACAACUACAUGGGAAUGAGAGGAUUCUGUGCUUUCCUUGGUUCCUUGCUGGUUCCCUUUGCCUACCUCACUGUAUUGGAGCUGUCCAAGUCCCUCCCCGCAGCACUGCUCACCGCUGCCCUCCUGACCUUUGAUACAGGAUGCCUUACUCUGUCCCAGUAUAUCCUCCUUGACCCCAUCUUGAUGUUCUUCAUCAUGGCUGCCAUGCUGAGCAUGGUCAAGUACAACUCCUGUGCCGACAGGCCCUUCUCUGCCCCCUGGUGGUUCUGGCUCAGCCUGACUGGCAUUAAUCUGGCUGGUGCUUUAGGGGUCAAGUUUGUUGGCCUCUUUAUCAUCCUGCAAGUGGGGUGGAACACCAUUUCAGACCUUUGGCACCUGUUUGGAGACCUCAGUCUUUCAGUGGUGACUGUGGGGAAACACCUGACCGCUCGCAUCCUGUGCCUCAUAGUGUUGCCGCUGACUCUCUACACAGCCACUUACGCUGUUCACUUCAUGGUGCUGAACAAAAGUGGUCCUGGCGAUGGCUUCUUCAGUUCUGCCUUCCAGGCCCGGCUUUCGGGCAACAACCUUCACAAUGCUUCCAUCCCCGAACAUCUGGCCUAUGGCUCCGUGAUCACCGUGAAGAAUGUGCGGAUGGCCAUGGGCUAUCUCCACUCCCACAGGCACCUCUACCCCGAAGGCAUUGGCGCCCGCCAGCAGCAGGUCACCACCUAUCUGCACAAGGACUACAACAACCUGUGGAUUAUCAAGAAACAUAACACAAACGCAGAUCCCCUGGACCCUUCAUUCCCAGUAGAGUUUGUAAGACAUGGAGACAUCAUUCGGCUAGAACACAAAGAGACUUCUCGGAACCUGCACAGUCACUAUCAUGAGGCCCCCCUGACCCGGAAGCACUAUCAGGUCACUGGCUAUGGCAUAAAUGGGACAGGAGACUCAAAUGAUUUCUGGCGGAUUGAGGUUGUAAACAGAAAAUUUGGAAACCGGAUCAAAGUGCUAAGAAGUCGCAUUCGCCUCAUCCAUCUGGUCACAGGUUGUGUCCUGGGCUCCUCGGGAAAGGUCUUGCCCAAGUGGGGCUGGGAACAGUUGGAAGUUACUUGCACCCCAUACCUAAAGGAAACCCUCAACUCUAUCUGGAAUGUGGAGGACCAUAUCAAUCCCAAAUUGCCAAACAUCAGCCUGGACGUGCUGCAGCCCACUUUUCCUGAGAUCUUGCUGGAGUCCCACAUGGUGAUGAUCCGGGGAAACAAUGGACUCAAACCCAAGGACAAUGAGUUCACAUCCAAACCCUGGCACUGGCCUAUCAACUAUCAGGGCCUGCGCUUCUCAGGGAUCAAUGACACAGACUUCCGCGUGUAUCUGCUUGGCAACCCGGUGGUUUGGUGGCUGAAUCUGUUGAGCAUUGCCCUCUACCUCCUCUUGGGGAGCAUCAUUGCUGUAGCCAUGCAGAGAGGGGCAUGCCUGCCUGCAGAGGUUGAAGGGCUGUCCCAGGUCCUGCUGCAAGGAGGCGGUCAGCUCCUGCUUGGCUGGAUGCUCCAUUACUUCCCAUUCUUCCUGAUGGGCCGGAUCCUCUACUUCCACCACUACUUCCCAGCCAUGCUCUUCUCCAGCAUGUUGACAGGGAUUCUGUGGGAUACUCUCCUGCGGCUCUGUGCCUGGAGUCUGGCCUCCUCUUCCCUGGCCAGGGGCAUAUAUGCAGUGGGACUCCUGAGCCUGCUCCUGGGAACUGCCUACAGGUCCCAGCUUUUGUAUCACCCCAGCACACCGGCUGCUUCUCUUUAGUCACCUUGGCCCCCUCACCGGACCGCCCUGGAGGGGGGUGGGGUGAGGGAGAGGGUGUGGGGUGUGGCUCAGAAUAACUGGAAGGAGAGUGGUGUUUGGCAAGCCUCACCAACCCCCCGCCCCUUGCCAGUCUCACAGAUCCCCUAUUGAGAGUCACUGGCCUUUAGGGGCCAGGGAGGCAGCACUAAAGUGUGAAUAGGAAAUGGUGGGCCUGUGAUCUGAGGGCACAGGCACAUUUUAACAAAUACUAUGAGCCAAACAGCCACGGCCAGACCCCAGGACUGGUCUCUCUCCCGGGACUCCUGGGAGGAGCCCUUUCCUUCUUUCUCAUUAAACCGGCAUCUGCUAAGCUCUCAGACUACAGUGUGCCCACAUGGUGAACGCAGACAUUGUGACGAGGAGUGGGUCUUGUAGGUGGAGAAGAGCUGAUAAGCUCCAGUAGGGGCUGCUAAACUUCAAAGAUCCAUGGGGCUCCUUGCCCCUGCCAAGGCGCUGGGUGCUGACCAACUCCCUCUGGAUUCUCUCUCAUAGCUUCUACCUCUUCCACCCUCUGGCUUAUGGGAUGGUCGGUCCCCUAGCCCAGGACCCACGAAGUCCCAUGGCAGGACUAAGGUGGCUUGAAUCAUGGGACUUUUGAGGCUACUGCUACUCCAGCCUGAAUCCAGGAACUUUCUGGGGACAGCCAGCUGUGCAGCCAGUCCCUGGACCCUCCCAGCUGUGGGCAAAGCUGCCUGAGGAGCCCAAGGAAUUCUGCUGCCUGCCAGGACCAAGCUCUGGGAGCAUACCUGGAAUUUAGCCCAACACUAGGGAGAGCUGCAGCGCUCUCUGCAGAGAUCCCACCUCUGGGAAUGGCUCAGCAAGAGGACAUCUCUCAGGCCCGUUUCCCCAAGUGUGCAACAUAAGGAAGGAUGAGUGUGUGAGAGAGUGUGCGUGAGUGUGUGGGAGUGGGAGGGUUCAUUUGUACAUACACCUGUUGAAUAUAGACCGUGACUGUGGACAGCUGAGUCUCAUAAACCGUAAGAAAUAGUCCAGGGCUAUAGUAGUAUUUUCUGGUAUUUCUUUCACACUGGAUUUGGCUUGAAAGCAAGAGCCAUCAAAAAUUCUCUGACCUCCAAGAAGGCUGAGCUCACUGGCCCCACUUUGGGAUAUCACCAAGGGCUGAGCAGAUGGGGCCAUCAAAGCUGUGCCGGCCUUCUCCCCACAAAUAGAGCUGAGCGCCCCUGAGUUGGAGAGCCUCCCAGCUGCUUCCUGGUGUGGU